ACUCCAGGCAGAAGACGGCGCUAGGAACAGCUGCGUGACGCCGGGGGGCUGGCGGCUGGGCCGGCAGCGCGCCGCGACGGCGUGACCUGUCCAUGGUGUUGAAGGCGCCGUGCGCCGAGAUCCGAGCGCCGCGCACCGUGAGUGCUUCCCGGUGCGCCCCCAGCCGCUCAGUCCGCCCCUCGCGUCCGCCGGCAGCCGCCCAGUCUCCGCAGACCCCGGGCCGGGACUCGUCCAGUAACGCCGCCUGGGUGACCGCGCCGUCGGCCCGAGGGGCAGCUUGAAUGGCCAUGCCAGAGGCAGGCGCCCUGGCAGCUCGCGGGGGAAGGUCGGCCGAGACAGUGCGUCCGCUGGGAGCGCGCCUCUGAGAGCAGCACCCGGGUCAGAAGUAGCAACCGACCUGCGGGUGACCAGGGAACGGAGAUUUUAAAAGGACCCGAUCCAGAAAGGAAGAACAUUUCUGGGUGCGCGCCCCAGGUCCUUGCCUGCAGACGGAAGGGGGAGAGGCUCUGAGCGUGAGACCCAGGCGGGACUCGGGGCAGCCGGCCCCGGCGCCUGGAGGUUACUUCCGCCUGCCAGCCGCAUCGAGGGUGCUCCACUUCACCCUGUGGUCAGGUGGCGCCCCCUGACAGCACCCCCCGUCUCCCUCCGAGGGACAGGCGAGUUCUGUCCCGUCACCACCCUGCACAAGGAAACCCCGGCAAGCCCCACCGCAGCCGAGGACACUUGGCGUUUAGUUUCAGGCCCGAGGGCAGCGGUGCCCUAAGCCGGGCUGGGUUUCGAGGCGGCUGCUGCGGGGCAGUCACUUCCUGCAGGGCGGGGAGGGGGCGGGAGGCGGCCGCGCUGGGUUCGCCGCCGCUGGAAGCUGCACCUGCCCCGGAGGAUGCCCAGGAGCUCGCGGGAGCCUCUUCGGAUCAGAACUUUUUAGGCCGCCCGCCCCCAUCCCCGCAGUCCCCGGGCCGCGCACCGGUAGGUGGGGGCCGAGGGGGCGCCGCGGCGCGAGUCGCUCUCCUGCCCCCUCCCCCAGCUCGGCCGCCCCCCGCUUUGUUCCGGGCGCGGCGAGGGAAGGCGAGGCUGCGGCGGAUCAUGCCCAUGGUGUAGCCGCCAAGCGGAGGCAUGGCUGCCGGAAGGUUACUGCUCUACACGGGCCUCUCGCUAGCGCUCUGCGCCCUCGGCAUGCUGGCCGUGGCCAUCUGCUCGGACCACUGGUACGAGACGGACGCCAGGAAGCACAGGGACAGGUGCAAGGCCUUUAACACCCGCCGGGUCGACCCCGGCUUCAUUUACAAUAAUAACAACAACUUGCCGCUCCGGGCGAGCCGCUCGCGCCUGGACCGCUGGGAGGGCAAACUCCUCCGGGCCCGGAAUCGCCGGCAGCUGUUCGCCAUGAGCCCCGCGGAUGAGUGCAGCCGGCAGUACAACUCCACCAACAUGGGCCUCUGGAGGAAGUGCCACCGGCAGGGCUUCGACCCCGAGAUCGCCGCCCUCAUUCGGAAAGGAGAAAUUGAGCGAUGCACGUACAUCAAAUACCACUACUCCUCAGCAACCAUCCCCAGGAACCUCACCUUCAACAUCACGAAGACCAUCCGUCAGGAUGAGUGGCAUGCCCUACACCUGCGCAGAAUGACGGCUGGCUUCAUGGGCAUGGCGGUGGCCAUCAUCCUCUUUGGCUGGAUCAUCGGCGUGCUGGGCUGCUGCUGGGACCGAGGCCUUAUGCAGUACGUGGCAGGGCUGCUUUUCCUCAUGGGAGGAACCUUCUGCAUCAUUUCACUGUGCACCUGUGUGGCCGGGAUCAACUUUGAGCUGUCACGCUACCCACGCUACCUGUAUGGACUCCCCGAUGACAUCAGCCAUGGCUAUGGCUGGUCCAUGUUCUGUGCAUGGGGGGGCCUGGGCCUCACACUCAUCUCGGGAUUCUUCUGUACCUUGGCCCCUUCUGUUCAGCCUGUCCCGAGGACCAACUGCCCUAAAUCCAGACCCGAGAAUGGGACAGUGUGCUAAAAAACAAACCCAUACAUACAUAUAUAUAUAUAAAUAUAUAUAUAUAAUAUACAUAUAUAAAACAAAACUAAAUCAAGACGAUGCCAGUGCCAAGGUAGAGUUGAGUUGGCUCAGGCACCUGCAUCUCGCCAGACUUUGUAUUGCCUCAUCUCUGAGAUGGGGAAAGUGUUCCCAUCCUGUGGCUCUUCCAUCAGUUCUUGACUUUUGGCUUCAUGGUCUCUUGAAGACAGAGCGAACACCACCUCUUGCGACCACGUCCUGAUCCCCAUCACUGGCAAGGACAGGGUGGUGAAGGGACAGUGACAGGGGUCUGAGGCGACACAGAUGUAGAGAAGGAAGUGCCACCCACUGGGCCAACAGGAGAGGACGCCGCCCCCCCACCAGUCAUAUCACAGGGUAGCAAAGCCCUUAGUUCCUAUAAUGGAACCAAAUCAUUGAGGCCAUUUUCAGAAUCACUUCUUCUCCUGCUCUUCCUGUUCGGACUUCCUUCCAGGCCCACCAGCAACACACAAGGAGUGGAAGGGAAAACAAACUGAGAAGGACGUUUUCUCUUUGCUGCCAAACUUUUGGACAAUGUUUCAGAGGUGGGAAGGGAAGAGAACAUGCUGAGAGGCAAGAUCUGCAUCAAUGAAAGGACGCUUCGGUGGAUGCUCAGAAAACCCAGUCUUACCUUCCAGCUGCCUUACACCCAGUGAAACAAGAGGCCACCCUGUCCCCAGCCGCACCUGCACUCCCUGGGCCGACUGGAGCCUUGGAGUCAUGCUGUGAUGUGUGUGUGGGUGUGCGUGCAUGUGCACUUCGGGCAGUUUCCUUUUCUUCUUUUCUACCUUUUAAGUGGAAAUACUGCAUUAUGACUGUUGUUUCUCUAUCACUGUAGUGGUUUCAUGGCCCCAGAUAGAGGCCCAGAGACCUAGAAAUUGUCAUGAGGGGCAGGCCUAUAAGGGUGCCAAUUCUGCAGCUACAGAUCCCUGGAGGCGUGUGUGUGUGUGUGUUUGUGUGUAUGUGUGUGUGCGUGCACGUGUGUGUGUGUGCGUGUGUGUGUAUGUGUGUGUGCGCAUGUGGUGGAUGUUUCCUGAGUGUGGGGUUUUAUUGUUUGUGUUGUGUUUUUUUAAAUUAUUAUUUUUGGUACAGCUGAAAUUUCCAGAGGGCAGAACCAAGAACAAAGCCACUGGGCCAGAGGACCCCCGUGGUUCUCCACAUUACAGCUCUGGGACUCUGCAGGAUUUAGCCCUCUAAUUUUGGAAGUUCAAGACACAGCUGGGCACAUAAGCCAUGAGAGAAGAGGGGGAACACACGGUUCAGGAGGGAGAAGGCAUGUUGCUCUGGUUGCUGCUGUACAAGAGCAUAGACCAACGAGAACUUCACUACCCAUUAGAGAAGCUGUCCUUUGUCACUGGACAUCUGCCCUUUCCCUAGGGGUGACCUCUGUACGAAUGAAAGGAAGUGGGUCACAUGCAGAGAGAGCACCUCCAUUUCCCAUGGGCUCAAGUUUGUAUGAUAUUGUGUAAAUUAAUGCAGAACUCUUGACUCUUUCCAUCCUCUUUCUUUCCCUCCUGAUAUUCAAGGCCAUGAAUCCCAAAAUAGCAGUCUUAGUGGUUAGCACCCAAACAGAGGUGGAAUAAACCCACCCCAGUGUCUCGGGCUCAUUUGAGCAAAUGAGCACUGCAGGUGCUGGCGAGCAAAGUCAGCCAGAGAAUUGUGAACGCUCUAGGGGUGGGAGUCUGCUGGAGUGGGCUGGAGCCACUCACAGUCAUCUCAGUGAUCCUGCUGGUGCCCAGCAGCCCUGGGGAAACCAGGCGAAAAUCCCUGAGCUGGUGUAGCCAUGGUCAACCCUGUAGCAGAGAAUCCCAUUGUUUCAUUAACAAAUACACUUUGGGAGCUUUGCCAAGCACUCAGCAGCCUUCCUUCCACUGCUGUGUGAUCUGCUUCAUUUCCCUGUCUUCCAACUCAUCUUCCCACCACCCUCCUCCUCUUCUCACCUACUAACCACUUCUCUCUCUUCUAUCUUCCACCCUCAUCUGCUCCUUUGAACUUUGUGUGUGGAAUUCAUAUCUGGAUAUGAUAUGACAUCUGGUGUGCAUGAAUGGGGUUGAAUGCAGGUCUCUCCGUGUGUGUAUCUCUCUGGUGCGUUUUGUGUAAGUUUGUGUCAGUAUGCACCUGCACGCAGGUGUGGGUGCACCACUCAAGACUUCCUUACUGGGGAUGCUGGUCAGCUUCUGCAAAAGGUCUUGUGUGUGAGUUCCUUGCGUGUGGGUGUGCUGGGUGAUAGGGUAAGGUGUGCAGCGGGAGACGUUGUUAGCUUCCAACUGGGGUUCUAAGGAUUAUUUUUAAAAUAAAGGAUUUAUUCUAUGAGAAGGGAAAUAAUUUUCAGGAAAACCCAGUUUUUCAAUUGGGCAUUUUAUUUUUAAUUUUCUUUGAAAAGUUAGAUUUCUCCCUCAAGGGGAAGGGCAUACUUGGGCUUAAGGAAAAGUGAAGAAAAGUAUCUCAGAUUGAGAGGCCUUGUGUCUUCCUUCCAAGUGUCCUGAAUGGGCUCUGCCGAGGAAGGGACAGACAGGUGUCCAUGAGCAUCCAUUUGGCGCAGAGGGCUUGUCUAUGCCCACACUGAAAUCCCAGCUAUUUCCCAGUUGCAGGAGAGAGAGGGAAAAUUCUAAAUGGGGAAAUUUGCUAUGAACCAUUUAAACUUUUUGUAAGUAAUCAUGUUUGAGGAUGCUGGCUUACAGACCUAUCAUUAUUUAUAUCCUCUUUUUUUAAAAUCCCAUACUUUCAACAAGUAGAUUAUCUGCUGUAUCCAAUUACUUAUCUUUGUGACAGACCUUUAGCAAAGCUUACUGCAUCCCGUUGAAACCUUGAGUGUCCCAGGAAAGAUGUAAACCACCUGUGCUCAACUCACCAUCCGCAGAGCAGGGGCUUUGAGUGACUUCUUUGAUAGCGGGGCAGAUAAGUACAAACACACUUUGGAAUCUGAUCCCGCUGGGAAGCAAAAAAACAUGCCCAGCCACAUGGCCAGGAUAGAGGCCCCGUUCAGAGGGCAAGUCCUGGCCAAUGGGAGGACUGCCAGGUGACCUCGAUCCCUCUUAGCAUAAGGGCUUGACCACAGAUUAAAACAUGUGACUCCAACCAGUUAUGGAAGCUCUCUGGCUGUGAGGGAGAUGAGGAGGAGGAAGAGAGGAGCCUCGAUUUGUGAGGCUCUGUAGGUCAGACUCUGCUAAUUCCAAAGCAAAGUAGAACCCAACCCUAUGAGGGGAUGUAGGGCCAAUGACCUCAACAAAGUUGCCAGUCCCAACCCUAGGUCAAGUUCAAACUUCUUACUGGUAUACGAACAUAUAUGUGCUUUGAGCUCCGUGCAAGUCAACCUUGAGCCUGCGGCCCAUUGCAACUCUUAUUUCCUUCCCUACCCUCCUUCACUGGGAUUCAGGAAAGCGGGGUGUUCUACCAGGAGAGAGGUCCCCUAUCUUUCUCUCUUUGUUUUGGGAGUUAUGAUUUCUUCUGUUUCCUUCUCUCUCUCUCCACUCACCCCUACUUUCCUCCUGUGUCAACUUUGGUCAGUUAAGAUAGAUAAAUGAUUCAUCUGUAGAGAAGCUCGGAGACUCCAAGCAGCCCCCUUCCUUUGUGGCUGUAGGUCUGUGGUUCCCUGGCAUCAAAAUAUGAAAAAUACAAUCUGUGCCUGUUCCAGCUUCAAUCCUCCAAGCCUUAGCUUUCCAACAACCCUACCCUUUCAACUUCAGGGAUCAUGGAAUCACAGAGACUGGGCAGUUCCUCCAAAUCUAGACAAAGCCUUCCUUAAGCGCCCUGAGCCCAGGUGCGUAUCUUUCCAUCAGGGAUGAGUGGUCCCACCCAGCAAUGCUUGCCUCUCCUGUGACAAGAGGGAAGGAUAUCCCAAGACUCUGAGACUGAGCCCUAUAUCUCAAUAUUCCACACUCAUGAUAAGAUGCCGGAAAUCAACGCACUGUGUGUAGCUGUCUUGACUUAGUGGGAGGAUGUGCUGCUUAGGUCUCCAAAGAUGCCUGCCUGGGUCAAAUUCAGAAUAAGGAACUCAAGUACAUCACCCAGAGGCAUUUAGAAUGGACUCUCUCUUCACCUGGCUUAUGUGCUGAGUAUUAACUGAUUUUUCAAAUGUCUGGAAGAAGGAGUGGGAAGAAAUACACUCUGGUCAUCCUUUGGUGUGGUUUAUGGGGGAUACUUGGUUGAUUCUUGUAGUUAAAGUGAAGCUUCUUUUCUGAAACGUUCCCUAUCUCAUGGGGACUUAUCCAUCCCAGGGACACACCCAGACCUUUCCAGGAAAAUAUGAUGUUUCAGAGUGAGCGGUGAUUUCAGUGCAGAUAGAAAGAGCUGGUCCACACUAGCGGGUUGCCUUCCAUGCCAUCUUCCAGCUGGUGUGGGAUAGAGUAAGGGGGCAGAUUUUUAAGAACCCCCACCAGAGUUGACAUACACAUGUGAUUCUGGUUUCUGUUUCUCAAAGCUCUCAAUGUCUGGGGCUGUAUUUGCCCUCUUUUCAUUGAUGCUGCCACCAUGCAAAAUGUUUCUUAAACAUUACUCCUAGUUCUUAGAAUAUGUGAUUACUGAGUAUUGGGUUUCUUUCCUGAAUAAUACCUUCUCAUUGUAGAAAGUGAGCAAAAUAAAAUACAAAAAAGACUAUAGGAUUGUUCACAAUCCAGUCAGUCUGAGGCAUCCACCAUGGGCCCAGUCGAAAUGGUCAUGACCUCAAAACUUCCCCAGUGAGUGCUCAUCUCUGGAUUGGCAGCUGGGGCCAUAUGAGCAGUGCACAGCCACAGAACCACACUGGUCUGCGUCGGGUUGACCCUGCGUUCCUGGCAGCAAGAGUGCAGGACCCUGAGCCCCCAAAGAUAGCAAAGAGGCCUAAAAGUUUAAUGCCCGGCCUUAAGGGCAGGAUGGAGCAGGGAUAAAAGAUUUCUGUUUGGGCCUGUCUACCUGCUUCCCUUCCUUCCUUUCUUCCUUCUUUCCUUUUCUUUCUUUUCUUCUUCCUUCCUUCCUUCUUCUUCUUCUUCUUCUUUUUUUUUUUUUUGGCAGAUGCCAUCUCAGUCUAAUUAUAGGUGUAAGAAUGCGAAGCCAGAGUAACCCACUCAUUAAGCUACACUUGUAUAACAGUUACUGUAAAUUUCACUACAGCUCUGCACUAAAAUGAUUUGUGACUCUGGGCACUGUGUCUUCAUACUUGAACUUCCUCAUCUACAAAAUGAGGACAGUGAUAACACCUUACCUCAUGGUAUAUUAAGGGUGACAAAGAAAUUGCAAAGUGAUUUGCAAACAUGAAGUGUCGUAUGAGUUAUGUGUGUUCUAAGUAUCCCUCAGAAGAGCCCCUGCUGGAAUGGAAUUCUUCCAUCAAGUGUCUAUGCCUCGCUGCUGAACAACAACCCAGAGUGCAAGGUCAUCUUGGUUGCUGAACAGGGCUGUGCCUGUCCCACUUAAGCACACCUAUGGUAUUCCAUUCUUCAUUCAGGUCCCCCAGAGAAAUUGGCUCCUUAUUUUACUUUACCUAUUCCUAGACUUCCUUUUGUCCAGAGCCAAUUUUGCAAAGGGCACUUUUAUCCAUCUCAGCUAUUCCCAGAGGUGACAGAAUGAGUAAACCAUAUGGGGCAAAUAGCAUAUAUGAACUAAACCAGUUAACUGUUAGCCAAGGCACAUGGUCCGUGCCUUAGUAUUUUUUUUAACUCUCCUAACAUUAUUUCUAGCUCUAUAUUCCCAAAUGGAAUGAAUGGAAGCAAAUCGGAUUCUGAAAGGUUUCAAUGAUCUUUCAAGUUUAGGAUGAGACCAAGUUUCAGGGAGCUGGGAUCUUUCUCUUGUCAGUUGCUGAAGCCAGUAGCUGCAUCAAAAACAUAUAGAUUCUUAUAAGGAAGCCCGUUAGAUGGUACAUUCACUAAGACAUGUCUGGAUGUGAUCCUGUUUGGGAAAAACAGAAUCCUAGGUUCUAAACAAGAAAAGAACGCCCUUCCCAAAGGAUCCUCACACUUUCUGCUUUGCAGUGGAUCAAGUGUCCAUGUGAGGGUGAGACUUCCUCCAAUGGAAGGGAAGCCAUUGCUCAUAGAUAGAGCCCAGCCAGUAACGGGGGAGCCACCCGACUGCAGGAGGGUGUAUGUUCAGGUGUGAGAAACGAAAAGCUGGGUCUGAAUGUGAAGAGUUGCACAGCAGUAGCUCCAAGAAGCUGGCAUCUCUUUGGCGAACACCAACCUCAGCAAAUGCAACUCCUACUCUUCAUUCCCAAGGACCAGGUGUUGCUCCUUAAGGAACUCUGUAUCCCUCUCUCCUCUCCAGAACCCCACUCCUCCCACUGGCUGAGCUUUUCCUUUCCUUUCCGGGUCACCCAUAGACCCUCUCCAGUCUGUCUGUACCAGUGCAUCUGUGUUGUGAGCGUGACGAAGCCUUUCCUGUGAAGAGCUUUCACAAACUCAUUCUCAUCCUCCUUCCCCAUUUCCACCCAUGGUGUGACUGUUUUGCUAUUCAAGACUAUCUGUAAAAAUGUACAAAUAAAAGUGGAAACUGAAAAUAAAGGGGUGUGAGAUUGAGACUGAACAAAUGCAACGAUGUAGCCCUCGGUUUUCUGAGGACUUAUGUGGAUGGCCCUAAAAUCCUGACUUGGGGUGGGCUCUGAAGGGAGGGAUACCAUUGGCGCAGGAGGAUUUCUCUGGUUGUUUCUCUCACAGUCACCAAUGUCUGCUUAGAACUCUCUGUUCUAAGGGUUUUGUCUGUAAAGUAAAAUGUACUUCCCCAAAAAUAAAAAUAAAUCAUCAAUGUUUGGAGGGUUAUGGCAAAGGUCAACACAGAGAGCUGACUCAGGUGGCAUGAGUGGCUCUGUCAUCAGCUCACUCGGGGCCUCGGGGGAGUCUCGUUACCUCACCAUGUCUCCACGUCCUCUCAGCCAAACGGGGAUCAGGGGCUUGCAGGGCUCCUGGGUGCCCAGUCUCCUUGUAUAUUUUGCUGCUAUUUUUAGAGAGACUUUGAGCCCUUGCCGGUGUGUGCUUACUGCGUAGGGGUCAUUUAGGAGACGUUUUCUCUCUGCUACCCCCAGCCCCUGCUUUUGCCCCUCAGAAAAUGACCUCGCACUAACAGCCAGUUUGCACUCAGAGUCCAGAGCCUUCUAUAUACCUUCUCAUUCUCAGAUUCCUUUUCCCACCCACUUUGACAAUCUCAUUUUACUAUCUCUCUCUAUUGACUGAGUUUUGCUGCGCUGGGCUGGGGUAGGAGAAAGAGCAUCCAAGGAAAUGACGUGUGUGAAUUGCUUUGUGAUUUAUGACUCACCUUAUAAAUGUGGCUUGCAGUGUCAGAAGCAGGGAGUCUGGCCAAGGGAUGCUACCAAAUAAGAAUGAAGGCAGCAGAGGCAGUGGUGGCAUGGAGGCAGUAGGCAGAAGAUGCGGGCUGGGAGCAGAGGUAAGAUGAAGGGACCUUUGGGAAGGACAGAUGGCAGAAUCACCAGAGAAUCCUCAGCAAGGCAGCAGAGAAGGAUCCUCAAAGCAGUAACCCUAAAAUAAUAGGAAGUAGGAAAGAGGAGCAGGGAUUAGGUAAACCUGCAGCACAAACAGCUGCCUCCCUGCAGGACUGAGAAGGCCAGCUGCCCCAGAGAGGGCAAGCACACCAAGCUUGGCCAGUGACCCAACCUCUCACCACUCCAUGAUUCGAGGCACCUUCAAUCCCAGCUUUCCUCUCCUCUGCUGGUUCACAGCGAUGACCUAUGGGACCAGCUUCAGGAAGCUCGUAUAGACCAGCGUCAUCCAAUGGAACGGUGAUGCAAGCCACAUAUGCAAUUUUAAGUAUUCUAGUAGCCCGAUUUUUUAAAGUCCAAAGAAAGAGAUAAAACCAGUGAAAUUAAUUUUCAGACUAUAUUUUAACCUAACAUAUCAAAAAUAAUAUCACUUCAACAUAGAAUCAAUACAAAAAAUUACUGGGAUAUUUUACAUUCUUUUUUCCAAAUGAAGUCUUCAAUAUCCGAUGUGAUUUUCCUGUUAGAAAACAUCUCAAUUCAGCCCAGCCCCAUUGCUAGUGUUCAACAGCCGCACAUGGCUACUGGUUGCUGUAUAGGACAGCACGGAUUUAGAUUCUUCAUUAGGAGACGGGUAGCGUGGUCCUCUCUAGUGGGUCACUCACUGUCAGAGCUGAUGGAGGCAGGAGUGAGUCUUGCUGCGUUGGCCUAGAGUAGAAAGCACAGAACUCUGUUGAGGCUGCUGUCUAAGCCUCUGGAAGUUCUGCUUCACCUGCUUAGUAAGAGGAGCUGAUCGCUCCUGUGGACUACAUGUCCCAUCUGCCCCCAGAGGGUGUUAGCGCUGCCCCAGCCAUGUCCCUGAUGACCUGUCCAAGUCCUAGAGGCCAAAGCAGGUCACAUUCUUCAGCUGCAGGAAUGUCAGCUACUGCCACCCCCUUAUCCAGAUCCCUUUAUCACACAGUGGGGAAGGGGCGGGCAGGCCUUCUCUCUGUCAAGAAUAAAGAUCCUACAACAUUUUGUUAUCUGGUCCAGUCACUGCUAAGAUCAUCUCACCAAUAUUUGGAACUAUUUUCUCAAUCCCUUAAUUUUCUUAAAUAUUUAUCUCUAAGUCAAAUGCUAAAAAGGAGAUACCCUGGGAAGGGCAGUGGCCACCAGCAGACUGGGUAUCCUAGGAGGUGGCAGUGAUGGUGACAGGCUCCACCCCUGCACUGGGACUCAGCCUACCAUUGCCUACCUCUCCUCCCUGCCUGGAGACCUUCCUUGGGAUUGAAGAAACCUCUUUUGUUUGCAAAAAAGAUAAGUGUCGAGAUCUUGAUGGAGAGAACAGAAUAAAAUGCAAGGAGCCAACCCCUGGGCAUUCUCAAAGCAUUUCCACGAGUCAGUACGACAAAGUUUGAUUAAUUUAAAAUAUAACAUUCUGAGCCCUGUGUUACUGAGCGAAAAUGAGCUGAUUUGGUGAGUAAGUUUUAUAUAUGGUCAUUAGACAGGGACCAUAGCCAACAAAACCCUUGAAUGCCCGGAGUGUUUAUGGGCCCACCAGAUAAUUGCUCAGUCAAUAUAAAUUUAUUUACCUUUAAUUUGCAUAGUGCUUUCUGAUUGGUUAGACAAGGAGUGGCGUGUACUGCAGGAUUCUAACAACGCCUCUGCCCUUGGAGGUAGCAAUUCCUGUGGUUAUUGGUGCUAAAAUAAGACUAAAUAUUAUGUUAAUUUGUUCUGAUACGAUGUGAAUAAAUGUGUUGUUUAAUCUUAACAAGAAUGCUACAUCUUAUCAGAUCUAUUGUACUGUCUGUUCCUUCUCAUAAUUAAUUAAUUACAGGAAAGGUGAUCCAAACCAGAUCUUGAAACUAUUGUGAUAUUCUGAGAGGUAAACGUAUCAGGGAAGUGGGGGGGGGGGGUGAAAAGGGAAAUUGCCAGGUUCCUGUGACUUUGAAAGGACUGAGGAAGGAGAGAGCAUUUGGGGACUUCACUGAAACUGACUGCAUCUUGCAAUUUUCUUUUUCGAAUUGGCAGAAAUAUUGUAUUUCCAUCGAUUGAAGAUAAACAAGUGUCUGGUAAUUAAUUAAAUGACUUGUUCAUGGAAAAAAAAUAAAUAAUCUGUCAGUUGUGGAAUGUAAACUGAUUAAACAAUUAAAUAAAGAAGAUUAUGUUGUGUGUUUUAAA